GUCGAACAACUUAUCUUACCAUGUUUGCUCGCGUAUCUGCUUUCUCUCUCGCCAUCUUGGCCUUGCCUCUUCUCGCUGCCGCUAGCGUGGUACCAAGGGAAUCCACGAACACAACUGUCACCGGAGGCCAAUGCAAUACUGGUUCCGCUCAAUGUUGCAAGUCUGUUCAAGAUCCGAAGGAUUCAGCGGUUCAGAAUGCUCUCGGUUUUCUGGGAAUUCCCAUUGGCGAGAUCACCGCCGGAGUGGGCCUCACUUGUGACCCCAUUACCGUCAUUGGUCUUGGUACCACUCAGUGCGCUAACCAGCCAGUUUGCUGUGAGAAGAACAACUUCAACGGUCUCGUUGCCCUCGGCUGUACCCCCAUCAAUGUCGGACUCUAAGCGUAGUCCUAUGGACUUGUUUCCUUGGAUUUAUCUUUCCUACUCCCAACCAAUUAGAUGCUUCCAUCAUGGAAUACACGAUAUUAUUUAAUAAAACUCUUUCUUGAAUUUCCAGAAUAAGCUUCAACAGUGAUGAAGCGAAUCCUUGCACUGUCGUGCGAAAGCGUU